AUGACGGUGUACAGAUACUCAGCCAUACAUCAAACGAGCUGUUGCCGAGGUGCAACAGGCCACGCAAGAAACCGUCCCAUCCAGCUUACUUCGGCAAGCCAAUCAAACCUUGUCAGCUUUCGACGACCUUACACAUUCCACCGAGGUCGUCGCGCGGAAAUUGUGUCGGAUCUGCGUGUUGCUAAAGGUCAGCUGCAGCUGAACGGCUUUGACAACGCCGGCGGGGCACAGGCCAUUGCCAGAGAGUUGAUUACGAAGAUCACCGAACAAGGCAUCAAAGGGUUUUUCGGAAGAAUUUGGAGGUGGUUCAAAAGAGCUGUCCGGAUAGCCCAUCGUGUGAUCGCUUUCAUAGAUGGCUUUGUGAAUGGUAGUGGUAAGGCUAAUGAUGCUACCGCUGAUGACAGUGCACUGAUCAAGAGCGUCAGCGAGGUCGUUGACUAUUUUAAGCCACAUGCUGCUAAGGAAAUCGGGGCGGCAUACCAAUUUGCUGCUGACUCCGUUCUCAUCACUAGCACACAGCAUCAUACCGAAGUCGUCCGAGCCGCUCAAGAUUUCCUUGGAUUUCUGGUUAAAUAUGAAGGCACUUUGGGCAAGGUCUACGCGGAAACCGUACAGGCCGUCGAAUCACUAAUAAAAGAGUAAAAAACUAUGGGCUUAUAUGUAUCUGUCGUUGUAAAACGGGCAGUUGAUUUCCCUUCUUUACAGCGCCGAUUGUCGUUAAUGUGUUUGACACGGUACAUAUGUAUAAUUAUGUUUUAAACCGGAAAUGAGUUUGUGACUGUACAUGUCAGCUUUUUGUAAACUAGCUGACUACUUCAAUGGUUUUAAUUCGAUCCUUCGUACAUAAAAAACGAUAUCAACGUCAUCUAAACUAAAUCUGACCU